GAAGUCAUUCAUACCAACACCACCGGAGAAAGGCAGCUUUCCACUUGAUCACGAAAAUAUUUGCAAAAAGUACUAUCUGCUUUACAUGAGCUGUUUGCGUCGCAACAGCGAUAACAACUCAAAGUGCCGACUGGAAGCUAAAGAGUAUCUGGGUUGUCGUAUGCAAAAUAAUUUGAUGGAGCAGACCCAAUGGUCCAAGCUAGGUUUCGAAGACGAGCAUAACGCGAAUGCGAAUGAAAAUACCAAUAAAAAUUAAGUGCAAUACACAGAAAAUAGUAAAACAAAGCAACAAAAACCAUGAUGAGACCACAAAAAAACAUAUUAAUCGGUGUUACAGGCAGUGUAGCUACCAUUAAACUUCCACUGCUUAUCGAAAAGAUCAAAGAGUUUGAACAAGAUUAUGCCAUAAACAUUAAAAUAGUUCCCACACAACAUGCCCGUCACUUUUUCGAGAGCACACUUUUGCCCGCAAACGUAAAGGUAUUGAUUGAUGCCGCGGAAUGGUCAAUGUGGCAAAGGAGGGGUGAUCCGGUAUUACAUAUAGAAUUGGGUAAAUGGGCGGAUGUAUUACUUAUUGCGCCGCUCAGCGCAAACACACUCGCAAAAAUAUCUACGGGUAUAUGCGACAACUUGCUGACAUGUGUGGUCCGCGCUUGGGAUCUGCACAAGCCGUUGCUCUUUUGUCCAGCAAUGAAUACCCGUAUGUACGACCACCCCUUGACUUAUGAACAAAUUGGUAAACUUAAAUCUUGGGGCUACAUUGAAGUUCCUUGUAUUUCGAAGACCUUAAUGUGUGGUGACACCGGCGUUGGAGCAAUGGCUGAAGUGUCUACAAUCGUUGAAAGAUUGAAACCGAUUUUGGAAAAUUUAUAACUUCCAAAGUAAGCACAUAUUUACGUAUUUAAUGGAACAUGCGUACUGCGCAAUGACAUCAUUCAUUAAUGGCGGGCUUAUUCCUAACAAAGCAAUAUUUUCCAUAAGGGAUAUUUAUAGUUUAGAAUUAAACCAACAGUAAAUUAGAAUGUAAAUAUUUCGAUUAACAUGCUUUCUAACUAGAAAAAUACCAAUUUAGGAAGCAUUCUAACUAAUAGCAUGAAUUUCAAUAGAUUUGGGUGCAUAUGUAUAUUGGUUUUAUUGUAUUUAGUUAACAGGUUGCCUUAAAUGUAUAUAAUAAAUUUAAAAUACAAUUUAAGCAAAAAGCAAAUUCAUUAACUGCA